AUGGCGAACAGUCCGGUGAACUACAGCCCUAUAUUGAGGCGGCUGAGGGCCAACUCGGGCUACAAGGGACCUUCAGCGGCCAAGGAGGACGUCUUGACAUCGCCCCUCUCAUCGUCGGGCUCCCGGUCAAGCUCUGUAUCGGAGGACGACUCGAGGUGGAGGCCGCGCAGCUUCGACUCCUUCUUCCAGGAAUCGACCACCGCCCAAAACGGAGCCCUCUUGGACGACUUUGACCACCUGAGGCCGUUCCACAACAAGAGCGGCGACGAUUCAUCAUCAUCGUCUUCUUCUCCAUCAUCCACGGCGCGGCACACGGUGCUUUCCGAGUCGGCCCCAACACACCGAACUCGCUCGCCCCAUGGCGAAAGGGUGUCUUCGUCCUCCCCAUCACCUUCUGCGGCAUCUUCACCAUCAUCUUCUUCAACUUUAUCACCGUCCGCCAAGCUAGCCCCUCGCCAACUCUUCGACCAGCAGCAGCAGCAACUGCAUCAACACCACCACCACCAACAACAAGAGGCCACGAGCCCCAACACCAGCGACAGCGACUCGAACGAGGCCAACCUCUUCAACAGCUACAACGCCUACACCAACGCCUACACGUCGCCCCUGUCCUUCUCGGCGUCGUCCGUGCCGGUGCGCGCCCGGGCCGAGGCCUCGCUGGGAAGCCGCCUGGCCGGGUCCAUGGCCGGCGCUGUCGCCCACGCCAUCGCCGCAGCCAACCGCCCGUCGCCGCCGCGCUCGGCCUCGGUAGACCUCGGGACCCACUUCAUCCCCUUGGCCAAGUCCUUCUCCGACGGCGAGAUCGAGGUCAAGUUCACCCACGAGCGCGGCAGCUCGCAGAGCCCGCUGCGCCUGCUGGCGGCCCGCAACAACCUCGAGACCCCGACCAACAGCCCGCCGCGGGAGGCGGCCCAGAUGGUGGCGCUGACGUCAUCCGAUGACGUGGACCAGUUGGCCGAUUACGAUUCGGAGAUGGGCAGCAGCGACUAUGAGUCGGAGGAGGAGGGACCGAUGGUGGGCGGGGUCCAGGGCCUGGCCGGUGACGCCAGUCGGCGGGCCAGCGUGAGUGCGGCGAGCGGGGCCAACUUUAUGCGCAAGCGGGUGCUGUGGCAGCGCAGCCGGAGCCUGUCGGGCAAGUCGCCUUCCGGUUCGAGCGCGCGGUCGUCGUCUUCGUCGUCGGGACUGCGGUGGGUUGGUCUGUGGCUCUACUUGCUACUCGCCAUCGAAGUGGCGUCGCUGUUCUACGUGGGCUACACCCUUCGUCUGUCCUACAGCGCCAUCUCUCUCAACGAGUUCGGCGGUUUCAUGGAAAGGUACCCACAGGCUGACGAGGCGCAUGUGGGGUGGAAGGAGAAUCCGCUCAAUACGUGCCAGUCAGCUUAUCGGAAACCAGGAGCACCUCCCAACGCGGCCAAACUGAUUACGUGCCUCCAGUACACAAGCCCCGGCAACCGUGGUACCGGCUGA